ACAGCCGCGAGGGGCUCCGGCCCGGGGCGGGCGGCCGGCGGGGGGCGGGCUGGACCUGAGGGGGUGGAGAACCGGCGAGCGGGAGCCGCGGAGCGCCGCCGUCUCUCCCGCCGCACAGAGGAGGGUCUCCACCAAAACAUCGCCGCCGCCGCCGCCGAUCGUGGCCACACGAGUCUCUGGCCAAGUUGCGUCUUGGACGCAGAGAAGGCUCCCCGGGCCCCGGGAGCAACUGGCAGGGGCUCCUGGAGCGUGGACAACAUCCCUGCGCAUCUGGACUUUGGGGUGCAGGGUGCACUGGGGGCGCGCGCGGAGGGCGGACCGGACCCUUGGGGAAGAAGCGAGCGGCAGACAUGUAGGUUCCUCGGCUCGGUGGAAUCCUUGCAUUUUUAAAAAGACAAUAGUAACCAGACCUACUUGAAAAAUUAAGUGAAUUGACUUGGCUGGAACAAUCUUUCCAAUUCUUUAACACCCAACAGCAGGGAACUCCAGCCUCUGUUCCUUUUUCUCCACAAAGAAAAAAGAAAGGAAGAUCUGUUUUAUCAACAAGUCAUGGUAGCAGGCCAUGAUAUAUUCCAAGAUGAGUCUAAAAAUAUGAAUGUCAUUCAGAAUUUAUCAGUAUGCCAGGGGAGUCCCUGAAUAACCAGGAAGCACAGAUUCCCAGAAGUGGUGCAUGAGUUGCUGUGGGAGAGUUGGCACCGUGGAAGGCAGACAUUUGUGGUGCAGUUUGGUGAUAUGAGAAUAACAGGAAGCAUCAAGACAAUCAUGCCCAUGAGAACUCCAAACCAUUCAGAUCAUUUUAUCUCAGUGAAACUGACAAUUGAACUUUGCUCUAGUUGAUGGGCAAAAUUUUUCCUAGACUAUUUACCAUUCAUCCUAGUUGAAAAUAUUCAAAUGCCAUAAGAAACUUUUAGAGAUUUACAUUAGCUUUUGGAUGGACUUGGCUACCAUGGAGAGAACUGUGUUAUAGCCCUGGUCCAAGGACGUUGCCAUUUAUUGCCCAUAGACUUCGGAGUGUGAAAGUCUCCGAAGAGAAGAAGCCGUUGGCACGUUUGCAGACACCCUGGAACAUGGAAGCAAGCACGCUGUGAUUCGCACAACUUCGGAGACACUCCAUGAGUCUGCAGGGCUUUCACGAGAAUUAGCACUUAAGAUCUUGUGUGACAAAAAUGGACACUGGGGACACAGCUCUAGGACAAAAAGCUACCUCAAGGCCUGGAGAAACUGAUAAAGCGUCAGGUAGAUGGAGACAGGGACAACCGGCUGUUAUUAAGAUGAGCACUUUCGGCAGUCAAGACGGACAGCGGCCACCGCAGAUAGAUCCGGAACAGAUCGGAAACACGGCAUCGGCACAGCUCUUCGGGUCUGGGAAGCUGGCCUCCCCUGGCGAGGUGGCCCAGCACGUCGCAGAGAAGCAAUACCCACUGCACCGUCCGAGUCCUUACUCAUGCCAACACUCACUCUCCUUCCCGCAGCACUCAGUGCCACAGGGGGUCAUGCACAGCAACAAGCCACACCAGAGCCUCGAAGGCCCUCCGUGGCUUUUCCCCGGCCCUUUGCCAUCUGUUGCCUCCGAGGACUUAUUUCCUUUUCCGAUCCACGGCCACGGUGGUGGUUACCCGAGAAAAAAGAUUUCCAGUUUGAGCCCUGCUUUUAGCCAAUACUCCCAGAAAAGUAUCGAACAGUCCGAAGACGCUCACAAGAAAGAGCACAAACCCAAGAAGCCGGGCAAGUACAUCUGCCCGUACUGCAGCAGGGCGUGUGCCAAGCCCAGCGUGCUGAAGAAGCACAUCCGGUCCCACACCGGGGAGCGGCCGUACCCCUGCAUACCGUGCGGCUUCUCCUUCAAGACCAAGAGCAAUCUGUACAAGCACAGGAAGUCGCAUGCCCAUGCCAUUAAGGCGGGCUUGGUCCCUUUCACAGAGUCAGCUGUCUCUAAACUGGACCUCGAGGCCGGUUUUAUUGAUGUAGAAGCAGAAAUACAUUCAGACGGCGAGCAGAGCACAGACACAGAUGAGGAGAGUUCUUUAUUCGCGGAGGCUUCGGACAAAAUGAGUCCUGGCCCACCCCUCCCUUUGGACAUUGCCAGCAGAGGGGGCUACCCAGGGUCCUUGGAGGAAUCGCUGGGAGGUCCCAUGAAGGUGCCGAUUCUGAUUAUUCCUAAGAGCGGACUUCCUUUGCCUCAUGAAAGCUCCCCGUAUAUUGGCUCUGAGAUGCCACCCAGCCUGUCUUUACAUACGAAGGCCGAUGACUCUCACACGGUGAAGCAGAAACUUGCACUAAGGCUGUCCGAGAAGAAAGGACAAGAUUCUGAGCCAUCCCUGAACCUCCUGAGCCCGCACAGUAAGGGGAGCACUGACUCCGGUUAUUUCUCUCGCUCCGAAAGCGCAGAGCAGCAGAUCAGCCCCCCAAACACAAAUGCCAAGUCUUAUGAGGAAAUCAUCUUUGGGAAAUACUGCCGGCUCAGUCCCAGAAACACACUCAGUGUUACCAACACCAGUCAGGAGCGGGCCACCAUGGGGAGGAAGGGCGUGAUGGAGCCGCUGCCUCACGCCAACACCAGGCUAGACGUCAAGAUGUUCGAAGACCCUGCUUCCCAGCUGAUCCCCGGCAAAGGGGAGCUGGAUCCGGGUCAGACGAGCAUGCUGAAGUCCACUAAAUUCAAUAGCGAGCCCAGGCCAUCGCAGACCAUCCCGCCGUCCAUCCGGAGCGAGGGAAAACCUUAUCCUGCAAACUUCCAAGGCAGCAGCCCGGCUCUCCUGGAGGCUCCCGUGGACUCCUCGCCCCUUAUCCGAAGCAACUCCAUGCCGACGUCUUCAGCGACGAAUCUCAGCGUGCCCCCUUCUCUGCGAGGAAGCCACUCGUUUGACGAGAGGAUGACGGGCUCCGACGACGUGUUCUACCCGGGGACCGUGGGCAUCCCCCCGCAGAGGAUGCUCCGGAGGCAGGCUGCCUUCGAGCUGCCCUCGGUGCAGGAGGGGCACGCGGAGGCCGAGCACCACCACGGCCGGCUGCUGCUCAAGAGCAUCUCGGGCUCCUCCUCCUCCUCGAAGGAGAAGAAGCUGGUUCCCGGGGACAGGGGUGGCUACGACUACGAGGUCUGCAGGAAGCCCUACAAGAAGUGGGACGACUCCGAUGCGCCGAAGCAGAGCUACAGGGACCUGCCCAGCUUGGGCUCCUUCAAGCACGGCGGCGGCGGGGAGUACUUCGUGGACCCCUCCGCCUCGGCGGCAGUGCCCUCGCCGGGGGUGCCCGCCACCCUGUUCGGAACCCCGUGCGAGAACAGGAAGCGCCGGAAGGAGAAGAGCGUCGGGGACGAGGAGGACACCCCCAUGAUCUGCAGCAGCAUCAUGCCCCCGGAGUACGAGCAGCCCCCCAGGCUGCCGGAGAGCAGCGCGCCCCACGGCCACGCGGAGCGCUUCGACCCGGCUCGGCCCCACCUGCCUGCCGCGGGAAGUCCCUCUCUGGGGUCAGGGUCCGAGGAGUUACCUUCCGAUUCGGAAAAGAUGCCAGACCUCGGGGGCAGGAAGCCUCCAGGGAACGUGAUUUCCGUGAUCCAGCACACCAACUCGCUGAGCCGGCCCAACUCCUUCGAGAGGUCCGAGUCCUCCGAGCUGGUGCCCAGCGCCCCGGAGAAGGCGGCCUCCUCUUCGCCGUCGGAGGCCGGGGACAGCGAGGUGUCGGAGGCCCCGGUGAGCCCGGAAUGGGCUCCCGCGGGGGACAGCGCGGAGGGCGGCGGGGGGAAGCCGGCCCCCGGGCAGCAGGCCCCUCAGCAGCCCGCCUACCACGCGCAGCCCCGGCUGGUGCGCCAGCACAACAUCCAGGUGCCCGAAAUCCGCGUCACGGAGGAGCCCGACAAGCCGGACAAGGAGAAGGAGGCCCCGAGCAAAGAGCCCCCGGAGAAGCCGGCCGUGGUGGUGGUGGAGGAGUUCCAGUGGCCCCAGCGCAGCGAGACCCUGUCCCAGCUGCCCGCCGAGAAGCUGCCGCCCAAGAAGAAGCGGCUGCGCCUGGCCGACAUGGAGCACUCCUCCGGGGAGUCCAGCUUCGAGUCCACGGGCACCGGCCUCUCCCGCAGCCCCAGCCAGGAGAGCAACCUGUCCCACAGCUCCAGCUUCUCCAUGUCCUUCGACAGGGAAGAAGCCACCCCCACCGGGAAGCUAGCCGCACCCGCACCCGCACCAGGGGCCAAGCAGGACGAGUUUGGGAAGCAUUCGGAGUUUUUGACGGUCCCCACGGGCUCCUACUCGCUGUCUGUGCCCGGCCACCACCACCCCCAGAAGGAGAUGCGCCGCUGCUCCUCCGAGCAGAUGCCCUGCCCGCACCCGGCCGAAGUCCCGGAAAUUCGGAGCAAAUCGUUCGAUUACGGGAACCUGUCCCACGCGGCUCCUCCGGGGGCAGGGGCGCCGGCCUCCACGGCCUCCCCGUCCAGGGAGAGGAAGAAGUGCUUCCUGGUGCGGCAGGCGUCCUUCAGCGGCUCUCCCGAGAUCGCCCAGGGCGAGGCCUGCUCGGACCCAGGCGUGAAGCAGGAGCAGCUGGAGCACCUGCAAGCCGCCGCCGGCCUGAGAUCCACGUGGCACCUUGCCCCGUCCUCCUCCUUGCUGCCCCCUCUCCAGGCAGAGGACCCAGGGAAGCAGCUGGUGGGUCCUUGUGCCCAGCUGAGCUCAGGGCCCCUGCACCUGGCCGCGCCACAGAUCCUCCACAUGGACAGCCAGGAAGCCCUGAGGAAUCCCUUGCUGCAACCUGCGUCGUAUCUGGCGAGCAAGCACUUGUCCGAGCAGCCGCCCUUGUUCCCACACCAAGAGACGGUCCACUUUUCCCCCAUCCAGAACGCCUUGUUUCAGUUCCAGUAUCCAACCGUCUGCAUGGUCCACUUGCCCGCUCAGCAGCCUCCUUGGUGGCAGUCCCAUUUCCCACCCCCGCUCGCGCCACACCCUCAGAAGGGCUAUGGCAAGCCUCCUUUCCCGGCAGAAAUCCAUCCCAGCUACCCCCUGGAGUACGCUGCAGAGCACACCGGAAAGAAAGCCGCAGAUUAUGCGCACACAAAAGAGCAAGCUUACCCGUGUUAUUCAGGAACGUCGGGCCUACACUCAAAGAGCCUUCUUCCAAAGUUUCCUUCCGACCAUAGCGCCAAGUCAAUGGAUACUCCCUCUGAGCAGGUUCUUCCAGAAGAUUUCACCUCGGCCACUGCUGGGCCUUUGCAGUCCUUACCGGGAACAGUGGUUCCAGUGAGGAUCCAGACCCACGUUCCGUCCUACGGGAGUGUCAUGUACACAAGCAUCUCUCAGAUUCUCGGGCAGAACAGCCCUGCGAUUGUCAUAUGCAAAGUCGACGAGAACAUGACCCAAAGGACACUGGUAACCAAUGCGGCCAUGCAAGGGAUAGGGUUUAACAUCGCCCAGGUGUUGGGGCAGCAUGCAGGUUUGGAAAAAUACCCCAUCUGGAAAGUACCUCAGACCUUACCCCUCGGCUUAGAAUCCUCCAUUCCCUUGUGCUUACCUUCCACCUCGGACAGUGCCGCCUCCCUGGGAGGUAGCAAGCGGAUGCUCUCACCAGCCAGCAGCCUAGAGCUCUUCAUGGAAACAAAGCAGCAGAAAAGGGUCAAGGAAGAGAAGAUGUACGGACAGAUUGUGGAGGAGCUCAGUGCUGUGGAGCUCACCAACUCUGAUAUCAAAAAGGAUCUCUCCCGCCCGCAGAAACCCCAGCUGGUCCGACAAGGCUGUGCUUCCGAGCCAAAGGACGGCUUGCAGUCAAGGUCAUCUUCUUUCUCCUCCCUGUCCCCUUCCUCAUCUCAAGACCAUCCCUCGGCCAGCGCGCCCCUGAGGGAGCCGUUCCCUCCCAGCUCCAGGGCACCCUCUCUCUCGCAGAAGUCCAGUGGGCCUUCCGAAAGCAAAGAGUCCUCAGAUGAAUUAGAUAUUGAUGAGACAGCCUCCGAUAUGAGCUUGAGCCCACAGAGCUCCACAUUGCCGCCGGGAGACAGUCAGCUGGAAGAGCAGGGAACGGGCCAGAAGCUACCCGUUGGCAUGCUAGUCCACAUGGCCUCGGGCCCAAGCAGGAAAGUAGCAAACUCAACACUUCUCUUCACCGAUGUGGCAGAUUUCCAGCAGAUUCUUCAGUUCCCCAGUCUGCGGACAACAACGACUGUGAGUUGGUGCUUCUUGAAUUAUACAAAACCCAAUUAUGUGCAACAGGCCACCUUCAAAUCCUCGGUUUAUGCUUCAUGGUGCAUUAGUUCCUGUAACCCAAACCCAUCAGGAUUGAACACCAAGACCACGCUGGCUCUUCUGAGGUCCAAGCAAAAAAUCACCGCAGAAAUUUAUACCCUGGCUGCUAUGCACAGGCCCGGAACUGGCAAGCUCACGUCAUCCAGUGCUUGGAAGCAGUUCGCUCAGAUGAAGCCUGAUGCGUCCUUUUUAUUUGGCAGCAAACUAGAAAGGAAACUAGUGGGAAAUAUCUUAAAGGAAAGAGGGAAAGGAGAUAUUCACGGAGAUAAAGAUAUCGGAUCCAAACAAGCUGAGCCAAUCCGAAUUAAAAUCUUUGAAGGAGGGUAUAAGUCAAAUGAAGAUUAUGUAUAUGUCAGAGGACGUGGACGUGGGAAGUACAUCUGUGAAGAAUGUGGGAUUCGCUGCAAGAAACCAAGCAUGCUCAAAAAGCAUAUCCGCACUCAUACUGAUGUCCGGCCUUAUGUGUGCAAGUUAUGUAACUUCGCCUUCAAGACGAAAGGAAACCUGACAAAGCAUAUGAAAUCUAAAGCGCACAUGAAAAAAUGCCUGGAGUUGGGUGUCUCGAUGACUUCAGUGGAUGAUACAGAAACCGAGGAAACAGAAACUAUGGAAGAUUUGCACAAAGUGGCUGAAAAGCAUAGCAUGUCCAGCAUUUCAACUGAUCAUCAGUUCUCCGAUGCUGAAGAAUCGGAUGGUGAGGAUGCAGAUGAUAAUGAUGAUGAUGAUGAAGAUGAUGAUGACUUCGAUGACCAGGGAGAUUUGACACCAAAAACCAGAUCAAGAAGCACCAGUCCUCAGCCUCCUAGAUUCUCCUCUUUGCCUGUGAAUGUUGGCGCCAUACCCCAUGGGGUUCCCUCUGAUAGUUCCCUGGGACAUUCUUCAUUGAUCAGCUAUUUGGUUACUUUGCCAAGUAUUCAGGUUACUCAGCUUGUGACACCAAGCGACUCAUGUGAAGAUACCCAGAUGACAGAAUACCAGAGGUUAUUCCAGAGCAAAAGUACAGACUCGGAACCAGACAAAGACAGGUUAGACAUACCCAGUUGCAUGGAUGAAGAAUGCAUGCUGUCUUCAGAGCCCAGCUCCUCUCCAAGGGACUUCUCUCCCUCAAGCCACCAUUCCUCACCAGGAUAUGAUUCUUCACCCUGUCGAGAUAAUUCACCAAAGAGGUAUCUGAUACCCAAAGGAGAUUUAUCACCCAGAAGACACUUAUCACCUAGGAGAGAUCUAUCACCCAUGAGACAUCUUUCACCAAGAAAGGAAGCUGCAUUGAGAAGAGAGAUGUCACAAAGAGAUGUUUCACCAAGAAGGCAUCUGUCCCCAAGGAGGCCAUUGUCACCUGGGAAAGAUAUCACAGCAAGAAGAGACCUCUCUCCCAGAAGAGAGAGAAGAUACAUGACCUCCAUCAGAGCACCAUCUCCCAGAAGGGCUUUAUACCACAACCCACCAUUGUCCAUGGGGCAGUAUUUGCAAGCAGAUCCAAUCGUAUUGGGGCCUCCUAAUCUAAGAAGGGGAUUACCUCAGGUUCCUUACUUCAGUCUCUAUGGAGACCAAGAAGGUGCUUAUGAACAUCCGGGCUCCAGCCUCUUCCCUGAGGGACCUAAUGACUACGUCUUCAGUCAUCUUCCACUCCACUCUCAGCAGCAAGUACGAGCUCCUAUCCCCAUGGUGCCCGUUGGUGGGAUCCAAAUGGUUCACUCCCUGCAGCCGGCCCUCUCUGGUUUACAUCCUCCACCCACAUUGCCUCUGCCAAUGGAGGGCUCUGAGGAGAAGAAAGGAGCUUCCGGGGAAUCCUUCGCCAAGGAUCCCUAUGUUAUUUCCAAGCAGCACGAGAAGCCAUCUCCUCACCUUUUGCAGUCGUCUGGUCCACCCAGCAUGCCCUCCUCUCCUCGGCUAUUGAUGAAACAGAGCACUUCGGAAGACAGCUUAAAUGCAACAGAGAGGGAACAGGAGGAGAACAUACAGACUUGCACAAAAGCCAUUGCCUCUCUCCGGAUUGCCACAGAAGAGGCCGCUCUGCUCGGGGCAGACCAGCUAGCACGGGUGCAGGAGCCCCACCAGAAACCCUUGGAAAGCGCACAUGUUAGCAUUAGACACUUUAGUGGGCCUGAGUCGGGCCAGCCCUGUUCCUCGGCUUCCCACACUGACUUGCAUGAUGGUGAAAAGGACAACUUUGGUACAUCCCAGACUGCAUUAGCUCGCUCCACAUUUUACAGCAAGAGUUGCAUGGAUGACAAACAGUCGGGCUUUCACGGUAGCAAAGAAUUACCUUCAAGCACAGAGGAAGGCAAAGAACCUUUGUUGGAAAAGAGUCAGCUACAUUGAUCUCAGAUGCAUGGAGACUUUCAUUUCCACAUUUUCUUAUUUGGUUUUGUUUUUCUAGAGAUAGAGGUAAUCCAGUUUAUAGCAUGCCUGUCCUGAGUUACAGUAGGUUGCUAUUAUAUAUAUAUACAUACUUUUGUUAUAGCAAAAGAAUAGGUAAAUUAACAAGUCAUCAUGAGCCUGACCAAAACAAAAUUUGAAAUUAACCUAUUGGGUCUGGUACUUUUAAAACUGUACAGAUGUUUGUGCCUUUUCUUUACUUUGCUUAUAUUCUUAUAAGCAUUUUUUAGCAGUAAUUUGUACAUAUUUUAGAAUUUGUGUAUCUGCUUUGUAAUAAAUGUAAUUUCUUUCCUUUUUUGGACACUUGGAUCUAAAUGAUGUAAAGCAAAAACAGCAUCAAUAUAUAUGUGAGGUUGCACUAAAACAUAUUUUUAUAUGAUUAAAACUGAACAGCUUUUAUGUACAGCUCUGAUUCUGUAAUACUAAUAUUUAUUUACCUUGUUUCAUAAAUUGUACAUUUUUUCUUAAAUGUUGUGGAUUGCUUUUCUAUGUGAAGCAUGGGAUUUACUGUUGCAUAACUAGAACAAAAAUGUAUAUUGUAAACAAGAUAUUUAAACUAGAGUAUCUUAUUAUGCACUUAUGCAUUAGUGACAAAAAAAAAAGAUAAAGGAUGUAUCAGUCAGUUCUUAACUCUUGUAAAUUUUUUUGUCUCUUGUUUGCUGGAUUGACUAUAACUUAAGUGCUGAUUGUGAUUUUAAACUGAUAGUACCUUAAAGCAUUAAAGUAAACAAUGUGCUAUUGUGAGUUUUUUCAAAGCUUUAUAAAUCAGUUAUAAAUAAUAUUAAAAGUAUUUGGUCUUAUGUGAACAUGUUGAUCUAUAUACUCAUCUAAAAAUAUGGGAAAACAUUCCGCCCCAUGUAAAUAUGUACAAGUGCAUCACUGGUACAAUUUUAUGUAACUCAGUUGGACACUAGGUUGCCACAGACCUAUGCUAGGGUGUCUUUAAAAACUAAAAGUGACAAAGCACAUGGGACUGUGUAGAGCUUGGUUAUCGGCCGGCCCGGUGGCUUGGCAGGCAGUGCUGGGCGCUGCCCAUGGAGAAGACCAGGGCUUAGAAAUCUUCUUGGUUCUUACUGCACGUGAUGGUGACUGAACUAAGGCUACUACGGAGGGGUUGCUCUUGGACUCUGAGGAGUGGGUGUGGAAGCGGGGAAGAGGCAUGGAGACCUACCUGCUCACGGCCCUUCCUGUCAGCCAGUCCACACGGUGACAGGGUUGGCAUCAGCUUUAGGAGAAGCCACUUUGCCCUUCGGAAGAGGGGAAGAGUGUCACACUUCUGGCUAUCUCAGGGGGAAUGGGAGAAGAAGCUUUCCAGGGGAAAGAAUUUGUGGGAGCAGGAUGUUUUUUGUGUAUGACAUUCAAAGUGGGCUUUGGUUAGUGUCAUAGGUGGGCAGAGCCUUUGUAGGUCCAGAGGAAUGGCAGAAAGGGAGGGUACCACAUGUGCACACACACCCCUGUGUGUGCAUGCACACACACACACACACACACACACACACAUGCACACACAUUCUGGGUUAUCUUUGUGCUAUAUAGUGGAUUAUAAUUCUGUGAAACCAAGUUUGUAUAUUGAAUUACAUUAAGGAGUGUUCUUUAAAAAGAGAAAUAAAUAUACAAUUACAUGCUU